AUGGCCCCGGUCAAUGUCCGCGUUGAGGAUUCAGGCAAGAAUUCAACUUUGCCCGCAGAGGCUCCUGCAGCGUCAAGCGACCAGAUCGAGGAGCCCAAGACAAAGCCCAAGCCUGAUCAGCAGCCUGUGAAUGAGAAGAAGCCCCCGGUGGAGGUCCUUGUUCCUGUUGAGCAGCCUGACAAAAAGCCCGCUUUGCCUGCAGGUGUUCCUGCAGAUGUUCCUGACACGAAGCCCAAGCUUCAGCCGCAGCUUCUUGCUAACAAUGAGCCUCAGAGACCUGUCAAGGUUGAGCGGCCAGGAGGCACCCCUGCAGCAAGCGACCAGAUGGAGGAGUCCAAGCCUGAUCAGCAGCCUGUAGAUGAGAAACCUACCCCGGUUCCUGAUGCUAAGUCCGCUUUACCUACAGUUCCUGGAGCUCCUAAGCAGGAGCCGCAGCUUAAGAAAGAGACCUCCAUACCAAUCAAGGUUGAGAAGGCGGAAAGCUCUGCACGGCAGCGUGACAAACAGCGUGCAAAGAGACUUGAGAUCGCCAUGGAAGCUUCACCUGCAGACCAUGCAAAGAAAGUGUCCAAGCUCGGAGAAUUCCUGAGUGCGCUGGAUCUUUGCUUGCUGGGCACGCG